CUUCGUGUAGGUUUGGCCUGCACGUAGAGAGCCGCGCAUUUACUUUCUUUCGGGCGGAAAUAUCUAAGAAUGGGCUCCGAAAAGCUGAACGAGACAACUUACGGGCGGGAUAAGCGAAGCCACACCGGGCUGGCGAUAGUUGGAUCUCUGAUAGUAGCCGCGGUUGCCGUUAGUGUGAGCUUCGUCACCAUGUUCGUACUGGUGAGGCAGGGGGCGGAACUGGGCGAAACAAAGUCAACGCUCUCGCGCUUUAAGGAAAUGGAAGCCCAACUGUCGCACCUGAAGGAAACGGAAGCCCAGCUGUCGCACCUGAAGGAAAUGGAAGCCCAGUUGUCGCACCUGAAGGAAACGGAAACACACCUGAAGGAAAUGGAAGCCCAGAUGCAGGAGAUGCGCCAGUGGAGAGAACACCUUGACGUGCAGGUCAGUCAGCAGAGCCCCGACGGUCGCGAGGAACGUGACAAAAGCGCCACCUUUCUGUACGGAGCUGAAGUGCAUCAUCGGGCUAAGAGAUCUGCAUCCAACGCCGGAAAUUUUGCGAAUAAGAUCACACUGCCCACGACUCUAGGGGGCUGUUUGGCUGGGAACCGAGGGGAACCUGGAAGAGAUGGAAGAGACGGUAUUGCUGGGCCGGUCGGUCCUUCAGGACCGGUUGGUCCUCCAGGCCCCACUGGCCCAACCGGUCCACCUGGUCCUCCUGGGUCGUGCUGCUGUUCCACAUCGAGCCCGCCUACUGCAAACCCCAAACCCCCUCCCACUAUCCCUGAUAUCCGUCUGGUCGGUGGAUCCGGUAACCACGAGGGAAGGGUGGAAGUGUUCCACAACGGACAAUGGGGGACCGUCUGUGACGACUUUUGGGAGCAGGCUGACGCGGAGGUGGUGUGCCGCCAGCUGGGGUACCCUGGUGCUGUGAGAUCGACGUCUCGUGCCUCCUUCGGGCAGGGGACCGGUCCCAUCUGGCUGAAUAAUGUAGGCUGCAGCGGAAGUGAGUCACGCCUGCAAAACUGCAGCCACGGUGGAUGGGGAACUCGUAACUGUGGACAUCAUGAAGAUGCGGGAGUCGUCUGUACCGAUAUCCGUCUGGUCGGUGGAUCCGGUAACCACGAGGGAAGGGUGGAAGUGUUCCACAACGGACAAUGGGGGACCGUCUGUGACGACUUUUGGGAGCAGGCUGACGCGGAGGUGGUGUGCCGCCAGCUGGGGUACCCUGGUGCUGUGAGAUCGACGUCUCAUGCCUCCUUCGGGCAGGGGACCGGUCCCAUCUGGCUGAAUAAUGUAGGCUGCAGCGGAAGUGAGUCACGCCUGCAAAACUGCAGCCACGGUGGAUGGGGAACUCGUAACUGUGGACAUCAUGAAGAUGCGGGAGUCGUCUGUACCGGACAAGAAAACAGAAUAUACUUCACAAUAGUAGAGUUUACGCAGAAUGCCGGUUCAGAUUUGCUGUAG